GGAGUAAAAAAAAUUAAAGCUCUGAGAUUUCUUUCCUUAUCGAUUUGUUUCCACGAAUUGUUCGUUGUUAUCAUCUGCUACUGAGUUUUUCAUUUUGUUUUCUCUUCCUUCUUCUUGAUUCUGUGUUUUAUUUCGAAGUUUUCGAGGUUCCUCAUACGUUGCUUCCGUGGAACUUCUCUUUCUGUUUACUUUUGUAUUUUUUUUUGUUGCUUUCAACCUUUAAAUGCCCUAAUUUCCAGGUUCUAGUUUACGGUUUCUGGAUUAGGAGCAGAAGCCCUUUCUAGAAAACUUCAUGUUACUAGCAAUUUGUUGAAGUUCUCACAGUUUUAUUCUGUUGGAAGCUCUUUGUGUUUCCUUCGGUGAUUGAAACGCAAAGGGAAUGAUUUUACCAAAGCAGUAUCGUUGCACACACUCCCCAAGCUGCCAAUGCACGAGAGGCCAUCUAAGCGAAGACGUUUUGUUAUUAGUGUUCCAACAUCUGAACUGGAAUCCUAAAUUAGUUGCAACACUUUCCUGUGUAUGCAAAUGGUUUGAUGAUUUCGCCAAACGGGUUCUAUGGAAAGAGUUUUGCAAGACUCGUGCCCCAAGAAUGAUGCUUGAUUUGCAAUCUAGUGGUAGUCACUGCAUCGACGGUAACUGGCGAGCACUUGGGAAGCUUCUCAUCUACUGCUCAGGAUGUACACAAGGCGGUCUAUUUAAUAGCUCGGUUCAGAUACCAGGCCACUUUGUUUACAGAACAAGGUUCUCAAGAACAUUGGGAAGAAGCCUCCUUCCACCUCAAUGUAGAACCGACGUACUCUACGUAUCUGAUCCAUGCGAGCAUCUUGAUCAAGGAGAAGAAGGUGAUGUGGGUUUGUUCCGAGGGAUUUUCAAGUCAUUUCCGACAUCUAAAGUCCGGAAAGUUAUCAUCAACAAGGCGGUUCCUUUUCAUCCAUCCGAGGUUUGUCCGUAUUGUAAAGCUAGACUAUGGAGCAUGCUACAAGCUAAGAUAAUACCUCAGAGUGCAUGUAUUCGUUUGGAAGCUUAUGAAGACUGCAUCGAGUAUUUCGUUUGCCUCAAUGGACAUUUGCUUGGUAUCUGCACUCUCGCGCCUUUGUCUGAUUCAGAAGAUGCAAAUCCAAGCGAAGAUAGCAAUCACAUUGAGAAGAAACAAGACAAUUGCUUUGCUAAAGAAAACGUAUUGAAAAGGAGAAAUUCUUUGUUGGGUGGAAGUGAAAUUGGACCUUCGCCUCAAAAACGACUGACCAACUCGAAUCAAUGUAACAUUGAUGUGUGAAACAUCUGUAAAUUUGUCAAUUUGUGUACUUCUGCUAAAAUCUAUUGCAUCUUCAGAAAUUCAACAUUCAUAUACAGUCAAAUUAUGA